AUGCAAUUUAUUGUGCUUGGCUUUGUCUUAGUAACAGCAAAUAUUAACCUCGUAAAGACAACAUGUACAGCUUCGGUUCCAACAAUUCGCUACGUAACUUCAUGUCCAAGUGAUGAAGUAUCAUGGAGAAAAGCCGAAUUAAGAAAGAACUGCGAAAGUUUAGCAGAUAUUCAGAAAUGUGAUGAUCCCUCUAGAUUUAAAUAUCAUUGUCUUGUGAACAACUAUCUGAAUGCAACUUUAGAGGUGUGCGCACCAAGCCGAUUUGUCACAGACCCAGCCUGCUACAAACUGAAGAAAAAUUAUGAUACAAUUGAAAAUUCCACUCAGUCAGCUGAAUACAGUACAGUGAAAGACUUUUCAACAACAACUUUUGUACAGAACAAACCGGAAACGAGGACCAUUUACGUUGCAGUAAUUACGCUGGGAGUUUUCUUAUUUAUAACUCUUUUCAUCGGUGUUUCUCUUGCUGUCUACAAAUUACGCAAAAGAUUCAUAUUCCACCAAAUAUCAAAGAACCCUUUAGAUGAUACAGAUGCAAUGCUCAAAUUGUUUAAUGAUGACGCAGAAGAAGCAAAGCGAAAAAUAUAUCGCAAAGAAGAAAUUGUUGAUGAAGAGAGGGAGUUGGAGGAGGAGGAAGAUGAUGUUGAAAACAAAUAUUACCAACUUGUUCCGAAAGAGAAAAGUGACUUCACAGAUGAAGAGGAAGUGUCUAUGGAUAAAAAUGCUACGGAGUUGCUGGUAUCUUCCAAUGAAGAAUCUACAAAGAGAUUUCUUGAGAAUGCCAUAUCUGCAGACAGUUUUUAUGAAGAGACAAAAGUAUACAAAAAAGUCGAAAAUGUACUCUUAACAAACAAUGUAGUCAUACUAACAGGACCUCCAGGAUUCGGAAAGACGCAAACAGCCAUCCACCUGAUGAUGCCUUUCAGGGAAGACUGGGUAAUUCGUAAAGUGGAAAAUUACGUUGAACUGAACUAUGUCGAAUGUGCAAAAAACACAAUCAUUUUCAUAGAUAACAUAUUUUACGGAAAAUCAAAUGAAUUCGCAAAAUGGAUGAAACCUCUUGAUAAGCUGAACACCAUUAUUAGAAGUAUGGAUAGAAAAAGAGCAAAAUUGGAAGACAACAGAGCUGGUGAAAUAAAUGGACAAACCACAGAAGGUGAAAUAAAAGAACAAAUCAAAGAAGGUGAAAUAAAAGAACAAAACAAAGAAAGUGAAAUAAAAGAACAAAACAAAGGAAGACGAAUAAAAGUCAUCAUUACAGCUAGAUCAGAUAAAAUUGAAGAGGCUUGUGAAUUAAUGAAGAAAAGGGCAAUAUUUAGGGAGGACUGUAUCGUAAAUCUGUCACAAUAUGAAUUGGAAAAUGAUGAGAAAAAAAGAAUUCUGAUGAAACAAUUCACAUUUGCACAUAGAGAAAAGGGCAUUGAACCUCCCGAUUUGAAAGAUCUUUUCUGGGAAGGAGUCGCAAAAUCUAAAGCACAUAUCGGUUUUCCUUUGUGUGCUCAUUUAUUUGCAUUUGAAGAGGCAUUUCGAAGAAAAGGAGAAGAUUUCUUUUCGUGGCCGACGCAGCUAGUUUUGACACAAAUUGAGGAUGUUGUUAAGAAUGACAAAACCAAUAGAGUAAAAACAUUGCUCCUUUUUUUACUUCUUCUUGAAAUACAUAAUAGAAAUAAAGAUCAGAAAUCAAAAUAUAAGCAAGACCUCAUCCAGAACGAAAAAGACUGUGCCGAUUUUCUAAAGAAGUCUUGUAGACUUGGUGAACAUUUCCAACCCCUUAACUUUAAAAAGUUACCUAAUGUAGCCGCGGAUUUAACUUGGUCUUUAUUACGCAAAACAGGAGAAAGUUCCUAUCAAUUCAUUCAUCAGAGCGUUUUUGAUGCAGUAGAAACGUACAUUUUUCGAUCGUUUCCAAAUAAAUCAAUUGCUCUUCUUCCACUGGAUGUUAUAGAGGGACAAACAAAUGACAAAGAAGGGCUAACUUGGAUGAAAGAUGAGCAUUUUAGAUAUUUGGCCAAAAGGUUUAUUGCCGAGGUUAAAUGUGGAAAGAGUUCGCAUAUCUGCAAAUGUGAUAUUUUGAAAAGGCCAGAAUUUAUUCAGUUUUUUUGUGACGCAAUCUUCACACUUGAUGACAGAGACCUUGUUGAUUUUUUCACUACAAAAAGUGUGGCAUCACCUCAACUUCCGAUUAUUUUCUGGCUGGGACGCAGUGAAUGUACACAAUUAUUAAAAACCCUAAUUCCAAUUAUGGAACAUAAAAAAAUCAAUGCCGUGGAUCAUAUUUAUUACUUUUUAUUUGGAGAAUGCACAAAAGGUGAAAGCCCAGAAUCAAUUGUUACCGAUAACAAAUGUAAAGAUUAUGUAAAAAAAAUUGUUUUGUCCUUUAAAGAUAAAACAAAGAAUACUAUUCUCCAUAUUCUGAUUCAAUCUAAGACAGUGGAAGACGAUUUUGCAACCAAAAUUCUCAAACAAUUGAUACAUGUAGAAGAAGACAAUAUAGAUAUCAAUGCCAAGAACAUAGACCGGAAAACUCCUCUGAUGCUUGCCGUAACUUGGCCCCUCAGUCGGAAGCAUGUUAUCGAAGAAUUAGUCAAAAAUGACUGUGAUGUUAAAUGUAAAGAUCGUAAAGAGAAUUCCGUCUUUCAUUACUGUGUCGAUGCAGAUACUGAUGACUUGACUUGCGCAAAUGUAAUAAAUACCCUUUUAAGCACCAAAAAAAAGUUACUCGUAGAUCUAUCUACAGACAACACAGAUGGGUUAACUCCUUUGAAUUUAGCUUGUAAAAACACUAGAAACAGCAGAAUUUUAAGUAUAUGCAGCCUUCUUGAUUACGGUGAUUCUUCCGAGCCAGAAGACAAUACACAAAACGAAAAGACGCAUUUUUCUUUUAAAAAUGGAAGGAGAAGAGUAGGAGAGGUACAAAAUUCAUCUGAGCAGGUAAAUAAAAUAGACAGCGAAGGGAGGAAUCCCAUUUUUAAUGUUGUUUCGUGCUUAACAGGAGAAAAUGAAUUAGUGGAAAUGGAGCGGCUUCUUAGAGUUUGUAUUUUGCUACUAUAUGGCGCUGACCCACACAUCAAAAGCGAUGAUGGAGAUAGAUCUGCUAUUACCUUUUGUAUGGAAAAAUCUUACUGCGACCUGGAAGCGAUUAUGGCAUCAAUGUCAAAUACCUGUAAAAAUGAUAAACAAAAAUCGACAGAAUCUCUUAUGAUCAAUGCUAUAACAAAAGGGUUAAAGCGACUCUCAAAAACUCAUGCUACUGGUGACCAUAUAGAUAUAACUAUGAAGUUUUCAAACAAGAUUCAAAUAUCAGAGGAAAUGAAGAACGUUCUUUCAAAAGCUGUGCAUUACUUGGCAAAAACAAGGUUAAACAGUAGCUAGGAAAACUUAAAUUUGAAGCAUGAAUAAUACCUUGUUUCUAAUGUACUUUUGUCACAUUGACAAUUGAAAGGGCACUUUCAGACAAUUUCUUUUAACUUAAAAAUAUCCCGUCUUUUAUGUUUUAGGCGCCUGUGUUUAAAACUGAACUGUUCACAAUUUGUAUUCUUACAAGAUCAAUGAAAAUUAUAUUAUCUUCACCUUUUCCAUUCUUAUGUUUGUAUUAGGAUUGGAUUUUACUGAGUAAGAAAAUAACGAUAACUUGGAUUGGUUAAGAUCGUUUAUUAUCCAUUCGGAAACUUUCUAGUUUUACAGUAGGAUUUGGGAAACGUCCUUGUCAGGGUUAUACAUAGAAUGUAGAUUUUGAUUGGAUAAAAGAGACAAACCUUCAGAUCGCGGUGUAUUUAAAGUCCAGCAUUUCACUUGUAGAUCAGUUGGUUUGAAACCUUCUCAAAGGUUCGUACCAUGCAGCUCACUGUUUGAUAAUAGGGGUGGAUCUCUAUAGGUGUGAAAGGUGUGUUUUAUGUGCUUCUGUCUAUGCGAAAUUUAAGUAUGUUUUGACUUAUAUGUAUAUGUACAUUUUAUUUGUGCUAAAUGUGUUUCUAUGUUACUAGUUGGUAAAACUUUUUGAAGGUCAUGUUUUUGUUAAAUGUAUAUGGUCCGACUAUAAAAAAUAUUUAGUUACUUACUUACUACAUGAAUCUCGGUCUCUGUCUCUGUAUCAUUCAAAUUUCUUGGUAAUGCAUUGUCUCAUUCAAGUUGCCGUAUUGUUUCGUUCAUUUACACAUCUAUUUUAUUGUUAAUUUUCCAGUUCCUUAUUCCUAUUUUUGGUAAACCGGUUAGGUUAGGCAUUGUAGAUUUUUCUUGCAGGGGUGGGUCAUUUUUCUUCGAACUUAUCAUUGGGUAGGACGGGUUCUGGAUUUUUUUUUUACACCUGUUAGGUAGGCACUAUGUUUUUUUUAUUGAGGCCCAUUAGAAAGAUAGGUCGUUAGUGCAUCAGUUUUUGUUUAAAUAUAUAAAUGUAAAUAUUUUGUGCUGAUGUUAAAAUGUAUU